UGGGUAGCGGGAGAGGCCACCAUGCCCAGCGCUGCUGUUGGCAGGAUGGAUGUGAGGGUGGCUCUGACAGGUGUUGUAGCCCUGAUGCUACUCCAGUGCUGCUCUGCAUACAAGCUGGUCUGCUACUACACCAACUGGUCCCAGUACCGGGAAGGCGAUGGAAGCUGCUUCCCAGAUGCCAUCAACCACUUCCUGUGCACCCACAUCAUCUACAGCUUUGCCAACAUCAGCGACAAUGAGAUUGACACAUGGGAGUGGAAUGAUGUGACACUCUACGGCACGUUGAAUGCACUUAAAACCAGAAACCCCAACCUGAAGACCCUCCUGUCUGUUGGAGGAUGGAACUUCGGCUCACAAAGAUUUUCCAGGAUUGCUUCCAACCCUCAGAGACGCAGGACUUUCGUAAAGUCGGUUGCCCCAUUUCUGCGGGCCCAUGGCUUUGAUGGGCUGGAUCUUGCCUGGCUCUACCCUGGCCCAAGAGACAAGCAGCAUCUCACCGCCCUGGUCAAGGAACUAAAGGCCGAAUUCACAAAAGAAGUCCAACCAGGGACAGAGAAACUCCUGCUCAGCGCAGCUGUGUCGGCAGGGAAGGUGGCCCUUGACAGUGGCUACGACAUCGCCCGGAUAUCCCAACACCUGGAUUUUAUUAGUCUCAUGACCUAUGAUUUCCACGGAGCCUGGCGCCAAACCACAGGACAUCACAGCCCCCUGUAUCGAGGCCUAAAGGACACUAGUUCUGACAGAUUCAGCAACGUGGACUACGCCGUGGGGUACAUGCUGAGGCAGGGAGCCCCGGCCAGCAAGCUAGUGAUGGGAAUCCCCACCUUUGGGAAGAGCUUCACUCUGGCAUCCUCUGAGACUAGGGUGGGAGCUCCAAUCUCAGGGCCAGGAUUACCAGGCCGGUUCACCAAGGAGGAAGGGAUCCUCGCCUACUAUGAGAUCUGCGAUUUCCUCAAAGGAGCCCAGGUGCAUAGACUCCUUGGCCAGCAGGUUCCCUACGCUACCAAGGGCAACCAGUGGGUGGGGUAUGACGACCAGGAGAGUGUCAAAAACAAGGUGCAGUAUCUGAAAAGCAAGCAGCUGGCAGGAGCCAUGGUGUGGGCGUUGGAUUUGGAUGACUUCCGGGGUUCCUUCUGUGGGCAGAACCUACGCUUCCCACUCACCAGCGCCAUCAAGGAGGCCCUUGCUACGGCUUAGCUUUUCUUUCCCACCUGGUAACCCAUACCUCUAGCCAGGGCUCUGGCCACUUGUACUGCUAAAUCCCCCAGCUGGGCCUCAGCUGCCCUCCCCUGUAGGGGCCACGGCUCAGCCCUGGUGACCAGAGAAGCAGGGUAGGACCAUGGGGUCCUGAGAGUCACGGUGUGAGAUGAGGUUCAGUACACCUCUGCUGAGCAAGGGAAAUUCUCAGACUCCAAGGCCGGCACAACCCCUGUCCCUUCAGCUCUCCUGACCAAAGGACGCCAGUUUGGCAAGUUAUACCAUCAACUAGGCAAACAUCUUACAAGAUGCAGUGCCCAUACUAAUUAUACCCUCUGCAAAGCCCGGCUUGAAGCCUUCACUUAGGAACAUGAUCGUAUCUCCAUCCCACUUCAUUUCCUAAUUCCCCAGCGCCUCAAUAAAGUACAAGAGCUUA